AUGACACUUGUUUUUCACAAAAGGCCGAUAUUGCUGAGUGCAAAAACGCUGCAGUCACUACUGGAUAAGUACAGUACUUACUCAGAUGAGAUAAAACCAUCAGGAACAGAUGAGGAAAGGUACGAAGAGUAUCUCAGUGCCGCAAAUUUGCUCUCUGGAAGCAUAGAGACAAUCAAAAUGAGCAGAAACGCUCUUCAGGCAUUGAUAGAUAAAUUGCAAAAAGAAUAUGAAGAAGCAAGAUCUAAGGGAAAUAAAAAAGACCUCACAAAUGAAGUUGAGGAGAUUGAAAAUGACACGCAAUUCAAUGAAAGGAUUGCAAAGGCAAACGAAAUGGUAUAUAUACUAAGUGCCAGAGUCACAGAAGCACGGAAUCACAUGGGAGAACUUGCAAGGAAGAUGGGAAUAACUCAUAGAGAGCCCACAAAACAAAAACCUGCAAGAAUAAAUGAAACUCACGCAGAUCAGCAGACCGCAACAGAGUCAACUGCGACUGAGGAAACCGAAGAAGGUUCUUCACAAAAUGACGCCAUUUGGCUCUCGGAAGACAAUUCAAAUUCGGAAAAAAGUAGAGAAGACGAUGAAGAUUUCAUAUGUCGUACUCUCAAACCAAAGCAACUAAGUUUUCCACGAUUCUACGGGGACGAAGAAGAGUUCCCUGAAUUUUGGGCAAUAUAUGAAACGCUCGUUGACCAAAGUAAGGUUUUAAGUACAGUCGAAAAAAUGCUGUUACUUAGAGAUAGCCUCAAAGGGAGAGCAGAAACAGCCAUAAAAGGCAUACAAUUGAUCCCACAAAAUUAUAAGUGGAUGAUUAAUGCUUUGAAAAAGAAAUACGGUAAUAAACCGACUAACAGAGCAAAAAUAGUGCAAAAAUUAAUUAAUUUGCCAGCAGCAAAGAAUGAUGCUGAUAGCUGUAUGAACACGUUCGACAAAAUUCGAAUGCUCAUGAAUCAAAUGGUCUCUGCAGGCCAAAAUAUACCACAAAUGCAAGAUGCGAUGUGGACAGAGAAAAUUUUGGAGAAAUUUCCUUACACUAUAGUGAAAAACGUUCUUGUUACAAUUCAAGAUCAAGAUGAAGUGAAAAUAGAAGAUGUAAUGGAUCAUCUUGAGAAGGAGAUUAAUGCAAAAAAAGUUUGUAGACGCACGUUUAAAAGGCGAAAUAUGGUGAAAGAAGCCAGACAAUGCUGGAAAUGUUUCUCAGAAGAACACAGCAGUUAUGACUGUCAGAAACCAAAUUGUCCUAAAUGUGGCAAAAUGCACGAUGUAAGCCUUUGCAUUUCCACUUCAAAUGAUGGUACCAGGACAAGAUAUAGCGCUGGUGACCGAUCGCGCAAUCAAAGCUCCUCCAAUACCGUACCAGUUCCAAGAAAUAACACUACUACUCGGAAUCAAUACGGCAAUGGCCGCAAUAAUGGUAACGUCCGCAACAAUCAGCAGACAAAUCCUCAUACAGCUGAUCACAGUACUAACCACUCAGCCGAAGGUUCCGUGUACAUUGACAAAAGAAAAGAGCAAGUAGUCCUGAUGACUGCCGAAGGAAAUGUUUGGAAUAAUAACACCAGACAAUUCGAAAAACUCCUGUUUUUCUUUGACACUGGAGCUCAAAAAACUAUCAUUAGAGAGCAGACCGCAAGGGAAUUUGGUCUUCCAACUCAGAAAACCGAAAUCUGCACAAUGUCAGGUAUAGGUGGACAUACCGAAAAAUAUCAAACAAACAUUGUCCCCCUCAAAAUCAGCAAUGCCUUUGGCAAGGAGAUCCAUAUGACGAUUCAAACCAAGCCAAUUAUCACCAAUGGCUUUUCGUCUGUACGUCUCAACGAUGCAGAUAAACAAUACCUCCAAGACAAUGAGAUUUGCAUAAACAAUCCGAGAGUUCGCGGUGAACAUCAAAACCCGCAAAUAUUAGUCGGUCUAGAUAACUAUUACGACCUCGUAAACACAGUUGACACUAUAACUUUGCCAUCUGGAUUACGCAUUGCGCGUACGGUAUUCGGACCAACGGUACACGGCAAAGAGUCAAUCAAUUCGCAGCAAGAAGCGACAACGAUAACACAUGGCCUCAGCCUCGUUCAAGAACAGAAUGAAUCAGAAAUUCUACAGAAGUUGUUCGAACUAGAUGGUUUAGGAAUAUCAUCAGAAGAAUGUACUAAGAACGAAAACACAUUCGAGUACUUCAAAAGCUAUUCGAAAUCAAUAUCGUUUGAAAACGGCGUUGUAACCGUACCCUUUCCCUUGAAAGAUAAUGUCAUCGACCUAACGGAUAAUUACGGAAUAGCGUACCGUCGAUUGAUUUCGUUACAAAGACAACUAUCAAAUAAUAUCCACCAACGUGAGUGGUAUAACAAAAUAAUGAACGAUUAUAUCCAAAACGGAGUUGUCGAAUUAGUCCACGGACAAAAUAAAAAUUCGGCCGGCACUUACUACAUGCCACAUUCCGGAGUUUGGAAGCCAGAAAAGGCAAAACCAUUGAGGAUAGUAUUUGAUGCUUCCUCUAAGAGAGUCGGACAGCUUUCGCUGAAUGAUGUGAUCUACACAGGAGAAUCCUUCGUGAACAAAAUUCAUGAUGUUCUAGUUGCAAGUAGAACCAGUGGAAUUAUUCUUUUAUGCGAUAUUGAAGCGGCUUUCACGCAAAUCAGACUAGUGGAAGAUCAUAAAGAUUUGUGUCGGUUUUUAUGGCUGAAAGACAUGAAUAAGCCUCCAAAUCGAGACAACAUAGCAGAAUACAGAUUCAAUCGUUUGCCCUUCGGUAACACCUCGGCACCAAGUAUUCUUAACAUGGCCAUUCUGGCAUAUUUAAAUCACAAGAAUACUCCGCUCUCACUGGAGAUUGCAAAACAUAUUUAUGUGGACAAUAUUCUCUUAUGCGCCACCACCAAAGAGGAAGCACUAGAAAAAUAUACUGCUUCAAAGAAUAUUUUCCGUGAAAUCGGCAUGAAUUUACGAGAAUAUAUUUCAAACUCUGCUGAAGUUAACAGAGCUAUCCCAAAAGAGGAUAGAGCGCCCACAGACAACAUAAAACUUCUUGGCGUCAAAUAUGACACCAAAUCGGACGAAUUUGUGAUGAAAGUUACAAUUCCACAAAAAGAAAAACUAACCAAACGCGAUAUUGUAAGCCAAAUAAACUCGAUCUAUGAUCCCGUAGGCCUCGCAAGCCCACUGAUUAUCAAACUGAAGUCUCUAAUGAGAGAAAUUUAUGAUACAGGGAUAGAAUGGAAACAAUACGUUCCGCAAGCGCUGUGUAUUAAAUGGAAUUCUGUAAUACAAGAGAUAAACAAUGCAUGUAUAAGGGUCAGUCGACCAUUGCUACGUUCUCCCACGUCUCACACCUCAAGAAUUUCCUUAUGGGUGUUUUGUGACGCCAGCAAAAUGGCAAUAUCGACAUGCGCAUAUCUGAGGUGCGAAAACACUAAUGAGAUCACUUCAUUGAUUAGUGGAAAGAGCAAGCUAACACCAAAAAAGAUCCAGCAGACUAUACCACGCUUGGAAUUGUUGGCUAUCUUAAUAGGACUGCGAAUGGCGAAAACCAUUCUUGAUUCAAUAAACAUUGAAAUUAUUUCCGUAAAUGUCGCCAGUGAUAGCGAAAUAGCACUUCAGUGGAUAAGGUCUUCACGCAAACUUCCGAUAUUCGUGACUAAUCAGAAGGAUCGCAUUUUGAGAUUGAAGACUCAAAUCGAAGUCAAAUCCAUCCCAGUACAUCUAUUUCAUGUUCCAACACAUCAUAAUCCAGCAGACGUUGGAACUCGAGGCACAACGGCAAGCCUCAUCAGUAAUCAUGAUUGGGUGAGAGGACCCAGAUGGCUAGAGCACGACCAGCAAACUUGGCUUAUUCGAUCCAUAGAUAACCUCAGCUGUGAUCAGUUUUACGAAGAAAUAGAGGACAAUCAACAUGUGAAUGUUGAAACCACAAACGAGUCAGCGGAAUCAUCCCGUUUAAUAAUAGAUCUAGCUCGUUUCUCUCGCUACAAAACAGCUCUUCGAACAUUCUCAGUUGUUGGAAAAUUGCUGAGUAAAUGGGUGAAACGGUGCAAUUACACCAGGUCAACAUCGAUUACGCUAAACGUACUCUCCCUCUAUACAAAUGAAGAUGUCAUUGCUGCGGAGGAUAUGGAGAUCUCUGAGAAACUCAUCUUAGCAGCUAUCCACGAAAACAUCAACGUGCAAAAAUUGCAGAAACGAUUCCCAAAUCAGAAGAUUAUCAGAGACGAAAAAGGUAUCAUUCGAUACAAGUCACGCAUUCAGAACGCCAAUUUGCCAUAUGAUGCAAAAAUGCCAAUUUUCAUUCCGAAUUACUCGGAACUAGCCAGGCUAAUCAUUCAUGACCUGCAUUAUGGAAACGCACACUGCGGCAAAGAACAGACAUUAACGCUGGCAAGACAACGAUUUUGGAUUCCGCAGCCAUCUAGAAUGAUCAAGAAAUAUCUACGUACAUGCAUUACGUGUAAGAAAUGCCACGGAUUGCCAUAUGGAGCACCAGAGAUGCCACCAUUACCAACAGAUCGGGUAAUAGUAACCAAACCCUUUGCCAAUGUUGGAUGCGACUAUAUGGGACCAUUUGAGUCAAACGUCAAACAGAAAAUGUACGUCUGUUUAUUCACAUGCCUCACUACCAGGGCUGUGCACCUUGAAGUGGUCGAAAAUUUGUCAGCGGGUGCAUUUUUAAGCAGCUUCAUCCGUUUUAUAUCUCGAAGAGGUGUUCCAAAACUCAUCCGAACUGAUUGCGGAACGAAUUUUAAAUUGGGAUCAAAAGUGAUUGAAAAUUUGUUCCUAGAAAAUGAUGAAAAUGGUAGCUCCGUGAUGAGCUACAGUGCCUCAGAAGGCAUAAAGUGGAUUUUCAAUCCACCUGCUUCACCAUGGAUGGGAGGCGCAUGGGAAAGAAUGGUUGGAUCCGUGAAAAGAUGCUUUCAAAAAAGCAUUGGACGUAAAAAAUUGUCAUUUGAACAAAUGACUACAGUAAUUUCAAGAAUUGAAGCGAUAAUUAAUACUCGCCCGUUGACAAAAGUAAGUGCAACGGAUCUUGAUGAAAUACCGAUAAGACCUAUCGAUUUCCUACAAGGAAAUCUAAAGUACUCUAUUCCAAGCACGCAGUUACAGUGCGGUAAUGGCGAUACAGUAUAUGAUCCCGAGUUGCUUCAGACAGUUGCGCAAGCACAGGAAGCAUUAAUGUUUUCGGAAACGAUCGCUACAGUAUUUUGGGAGCGAUGGAACAAAGAGUAUCUUACAUCCUUGAGAGAUAACCAGAGAGUGCUACUAAAACAACCGCGGCAUGUGACAAAUACACCGCAAAUUGGAGAAAUUGUACUUAUUGAGCAAGAAUUUCUUCCACGUGGUAACUGGAUGUACGGCAAAGUACUAGAAACAGUACCAAGUGCAGAUGGUCUUGUAAGAUCAGCGAAACUCCUUACGCCAAACAAAAGAGUUAUCCAAAGACCACUCAACAAGUUGUAUCCCUUAGAAAUACGUAGUUCUGUGGGAGACUCACAUCUAGAACUCGAAAAAGACUCCACUUCUGAGCGGGAGAUACACCAGAAAGAAAGAGUAGAUUCAGCAGAAUCAUCUUCCCGCAGAACUCGUCCAACUAGACAAUCGAAAACACAUGCCUUAAAAGUCAUCCAAGAAUUUGAAAGAAGUCUUGACCGACCCUCUACUUCUUCAAGUAGACAGGUAUCCACAUAUCUGCUGAUGGCUAUGUUGGCAUUAUCAACUAUAUGUCCAGUGACAGCGACAGCACAUGAGAACAACUCAAUAAAGUGCAACGAAGGAAGAGUAGAAAUAGUGCCUCCUUCAUCAAGAUUUGAGCUUUGCAUCAACGCAAUGUGCAGAAUUAUGUCUAACGUAUCGAAAUCGUAUAUAUUUGAAUUGGAAAAAUCAUCAUUAGAUGAAAAUAGCACGAUUACGUUACGCUCUGAAUGGGAGAGCUCAGUGGUCUUCUCGACUAUGCAGUGCGAACCGCCAGACUUUUGCGAAAAAUCGGCCUUGCUGAUGAGCAAAGAUCUUAUAGGUAAUCCUCACUGUUGGCCACUUGGAGCCAUAAUCACCUUAACAGUGUUAGUUUACCUUUCGAUCAAUAGCAUCAUGUUGAUCAUAUGGUUAAUUAAAUGCACACGAAAUGCAAAACGGAAAGGAACUCCGAAUUCCACAUCCGAAGAAGAAACAAUUCCAAUGAGAACAUUCAAUCCACAUCCGAUCAAUAUACCGUCCGCCUUGUUGAUUUGUGUCGCACUCUUGGCACUAGCAAGCAAGGUAAUUACUUGCCAGCAUGGAUAUAUGAGGCAUAGUGUAGAGGUAGUCUGCGAAAAUCGCGGAAACUGCACUUAUAAUUACAACGAGGAAGUUCUAUUCAAUAGAAUCAACUCCAAUCUUUGUAUUCAGCUUAAUCAUGCUAACAAAACGAUCGGACUUAUAAAGAUACGUUCGAGACCAAUGAAACUGUCCUGUUCCAAAGUUUCAUUAUUCUUCACUAGAGAGACGAAACUCAAGAUCUACCACACAACGAGAUGCUCACAAAUGGGCUCUUGCACUCAGUCUAAGUGCAGUAGAAUUAGGCUGGACGAAGUAAUUCCUGAGUUCAAAAGAUCAUCUCCAUAUCCAGGAUACUCAAUUUGUGGUAGCACAUGCGGCGGUAUAGCAUGCGGUUGCUUCCUACCAUUUCCAGCAUGUACGUUUCUGAGGAUUGCUCAUGUUCCGAAGAAGACGCAGACUGUCUUUGAAGUAGUAAGUUGCAUGGAAUGGCAACCAGUAAUCCAAAUUGACGUCGAUUUCAUGCUUUAUAAUAAAGGAAAGCUGAAAUCUUUCAGUUUACAACCUUAUAUUACACAAAAGUAUGAUGAACUGUCAUUGACAGUCAUUUCUUUGCAAAAACCUCAUUCUCCAUUGAUGGACAAAAGAUUCGCUGUAACCCCAAUGGAGGCUAUGAUGCUACCAGAUCAUUAUCAACUUCCCGUUGAAUGCGAGUCAGAAGCAUCUGCUCUUGAUGCCUUUGUGAACUGCACAAAUCGCAUGAUCUGUUCUUGCGAAAAUAUGAAAGCACCGCAAACAUGUCAGUGUCCACAUGAUUCACUCCAAAAUUUGAGGAAAGAAGUGUCAAAUGUAAUGCCCAUACGCACUCCGUUCACAGAAAUCUUCAGUGAUAGCAAAGAAAUCUAUGCGCUCUCCAAGCAAGGAGAGAUCACUCUCGCAAUAGAAUCCAAUUUGCUUAUUGGCGGCACUGAGUUCAUAAUCAAUCAACCAUGUGAGAUCUCGGAACAUAUCAGUUUCGGGAACCGUUUACGUUGCUGCAGCACCUUUCCGAACAUAUCCGACCUUAGAGGAGUAGAGCAUUACUUCGACCACUAUAGUCAAGCGAAUAAGGAAGAAGAUGACUGCGCGCGACCUCUACAAUACUCCAAGUUGGUCCUGGCACGAGCAAUAUCUUCGGGAAUGACUGACUUCGAGGACGAGGAUCGCCUUUAUAUUGUGGAUGAGCUGGAUGGGAAGACCGAGCGAAAAGUAAAGGAAGAGGGCUCGAGUUCUACUUCAAAUGUGGGGGAGCAGAAAAUUGCUGCUGAAAAGCGGCAGCUGAAGUCACGUUUGCCUGCUUCCCUCAAGAACCGUAUAGUUCGCUCUAGUGCAAGGUCUUGCGCACUGGUAACCUCAGGAGACAAGGAUGAACUUGCAUUCAGUGAAGUGAGUCUCCGAGAGCGAACGAACAUUGCAACGAAGAAGAAAGAAGAGAACGAGGUUGUGUCAAGAUUGGAAUUUGCAAAUUUUACGACUAAUGCGAGAAGACGACAUCAUUUGGAGUCCAACAGUGCUGUUUGUGGGAAGAAGCGUGUUUUCACUCAUCCUCGGUUGAAAAGUGGAGAUCGACUCACGAAGCUUAUCGACCCCUUGGAUUCCGCUCCACUUAUCAAACAUAAGGAUUCCAAGAAUGCGAGAAAAGAAAAGACUACAUCAGACGCAGAUUUUUCCUUGGAUGUUAAACUUAUAAGAAGAGAAAAAAGGACUGAAAAUGAAGCAUUGCUAAGAGAACCUCAAGUGAGGUCUAUUUCGAAUCUGUCAUCUCGACUUCUCGCAAAGGAUAAGAAGGCGAAAAAUCGAAUAGUGCAAGAAAGCAAUAUGGCUACCUAUAAGAAGAAAUUUAUAGAUGAGAAUGCGUUGGCCCGAUCUAUGGGGGAACUCACUUUGAAAGUUAAUGAAAAAGAACGUUCUCUCAGGGGAGAUCCAGAUAGAAAACGAACAAAGCUGUCUAUUGAAAUGGAAUCCGAUGAAGAUGACUUAUUCUAUAGUAAAAAGCCUUAUAUUGCCCUGGCAAGAGAACAAACUUCCGAUGCCGAAAACGAAGAUAGUGAAAGGCAUCUGACUCGCGCCAGACGUCGGAAACUUACGCGUUCACUAUUACGUGGAGACAGCUCAAUAAAGAGACUUCGAAAAACACCUACGUCGGCCAUUAUCCGCAGAAGAAUGCCGCGCAUUCACUGCAAUAAUACUGGAGGUGUGGAAACGUUUGAUUCCUUUCUUAACUUUCCUCUUACCAGGAUUGAUGCUGCCGAAGAUUCAUUGUCCGACCCCAACGAGUCUAUGAAAAUUGUCUAUCAUGAUUUUAUGACCAACGUCCGGAGCGAGGGUAUAACUGUGAGUGAUCUCGAAUCGAGAAUCAGGGAGAGGGUGGAGAAUCUAAAGAAGAAUGUUGAAGAUUUCGAGUAUAGUUGCUAUCAAGCAGAAUGUGAGGACACUCUUGGCACUGAGCCAUUUCUUGAUCCCAUUGCAUAUCGGAGACAUCCGUUUGUAAGACGCGGUGACAGAGCGAUGAGCAUGCUCAGUGCAACUUAUGGGAUGCAUGCUGCACAGUUCCGUAAUAAUUCAUGCUCUCUAAGUGAACUGUCUGGAGGAAUGUGGCGUGUCAAACCAUUCGAACCUAUUCGUUUCUGUCGUGAAAAUGGCAACAAGUACUAUCAAAUUUCCGAUUAUUUGGAUCAAGUCAGUGGCGUGACCGAUCAGGCUAAUUUUGAGAAUCUCCGUGAAAAGGCCAAGUUUGACAUUAUCUUGGAAGAGAAGAUCAGAAGUGUGCGUAACAGCCUUGCCGACAUCCGCUUUCGCAAAUCGUUUGGAUUCGUGAAAGAAGAAGAGAAUGGUCCGUCGUGCUCCUCUGACGUCGCUUGCACCGUUGAAGACAAUUUUGAAAGUGACUUGACCAUAGAUUUCAGUGACGACUGCAUCUAUCUAGGGGAAUAUUCGACUGUUUUCGAAGGAUGA